AAUAUCGAAGCCGGUAUUCACUUUGAUGACAUAGAUUACAUGGAACGAUUAUACGUGUGUGUGAUCAACAGUGCUUCCGAAUUGGUUAACAAAUCGCGUACAAUUUCCAUAUCUCUUGAGGAUAUAAAAUGGCCUCACAAAGUCAAAGCGAGGCUGGAAGCCUUCAAAUCAUUCGAGGAACCACUGUAUGAAGAAUUGGCAUUGAAACAACUGCCGGACAAGUCUUUACCUCCAGGGAUACCUAGAUGGUUCAAGAUGGCCAAGAACAAGCGAUCUACAGAAAGCGUUCGAUCUUCUUCAAAGGCCGUCCGAAAAUUCGAGGCACCACAGCAUAACGAAUCAGCAUCGAAGAAAAUGCCCGACCUAUCACGGUGA